ACCCUUAAAAAUCCAACUAACAUAUUUUAUUACUACUAGUAAAAUAAAUAAAUUAACAUGGCUGAAAGAAAGAAAGCUGUCAGAAAGAAGAAGGACCCAGAUGCACCAAAGAGAUCUUUGAGUGCUUACAUGUUUUUCGCCAACGAUAACAGAGAUAUCGUCAGGGCUGAAAAUCCAGGUAUCGCUUUUGGUCAAGUUGGUAGAUUAUUAGGUGAAAGAUGGAAAGCCUUGACUGCCGACGAAAAGAUUCCCUACGAAAAGAAGGCUAACGAUGACAAAAAGAGAUACGAGAAACAAAAGGCUGAGUACGCCAAGAAGAAUAGCUAAUCUCUUUAGUGUAGUAUAUGUUUUAUUAGUAUUUUAAAUGUAUUGUUUGUUUUCUUAUCGACGCGUAUCGGGAGUUCAAAACACAAAUGGAAUAGAACCAUGAAAAGGGAAAACUGUUGGCAGAUACAUAAACGCAUUAUCGUUCCUUGUUAGGCGAAUGUAUUGACUUCCAGGGUCGCUAGGUUACUCCAGCCUAUCGAAAAAAUACACUACUACUGUCCUUUUCCUCAUUUUCUCCACCGACCCAAGUGGUUACUCUGACCGUCAAUUACCCCAAGUAUUCUGUUUUUGCUCACAUUCCCCGUCAUCUUCAAGGUGAUUUUGUUGUUUUGUUGUUUUGCUUGUCUCCGCUGUUGAAGACAACUUUCGCAGUCGGCUGAAAACUUCCCGCAAUGACCAUGCUCCCACCACCAGCUUCUACUAGUGAUCCCAAAUCAUUUGGCUACUCGACCGUUCAAGAAAGAUGGCCCAAGAUCAUCAAGGGAUGUAUUGAUGAUGUGUCCGAUCACCCUGAGUUGAUUCCUCAGUUUGAAAAGAUCUUGCAGCUGAUCGAGCAAGACCUCAAGAUAAUUAAGUUCACAGACGAAGAAAUCGCCUUGAACCCCAAUUUGAAGUUCUACAAUGACAAUUUCGUUGAUGUCCACUGGCACAACGGUCCCUGGUUAUAUUUGGAGUGCUACAUCUACCAGGCAAUCAAUAAUAUAUUUUUGAAGGCCAACUUGCCUCACUACGACAUAUUCAACCGAUUGAAGCAGUCUACUUUACAGUCGAGUGAAGUGGGAAUCACCGAGUUGUGCAAGAAGUUGUCGUCGUUGACAUUGGAUACUAAGGACCUGGACAAACUCGUAUUGUUCAAGGAGUUUAUUGAUAUCUCCUUGUGGGGGAACUCUACUGACUUGUCGUUAUUGGCAGGUGACGUUUCGUUGGAAGACAUUAAAUCUAUUCAGGGAGAGGAAAUCAGGAAAAAGAACGAGAAGAAUAUCUUAGUUAACGACACCAAGGCCAUUUUUGAGCACUUGACUGCGCGGCUGUCUUCUGGAAUCGUUGACAUCAUAUUGGAUAACUCUGGGUUUGAAUUAUUCAGUGACUUGGUGUUGGCGAUUUUUUUACUUGAAAGCAAGCUUUGUUCCAAAGUCAAUUUUCAUUGUAAACAGAUUCCAUGGUUUGUGAGUGACACUAUGAUCAAGGACUUUGACGAAUUGUUCUUUGAGAUCUCCAAGUUCCAUAACAAACAUGUGGAUAAGUUUAUCGAGAACAUUAAAGCUUACCUUGCUGCCGACAAAAUGGCGGUUGUUACCGACCCGUACUGGACCAUGUCAGGCCCCUUCUGGGAUUUGGCUAAGUUCCCCGUUUACGAGACGUUGAAGUCGUCCAAAUUGUUGAUUUUCAAAGGUGACUUGAACUACAGAAAAUUGACCGGCGACUUGAACUGGGAAAGAACCACCUCGUUUGCAGAGGCCAUUCAGGACUUGAAAAAUGCCAACUUGCCUAUAGUGUCGUUGAGAACUUGCAAAGCCGAUGUGGUAGUUGGAUUACCAGAAGGUGUUGACGAGAGGUUGGUAAAGGAAGCAGGUGACUUCUGGAGUGCCAGUGGUAAGUACGCUGUAAUCAGCUUCUUCAACCCCAGACAGUAGAUAUACAAUUGUCGUGGUUUCCCAAAGAUUUAUAUUAAUUACUAUAAUACAUUAAACAUCCCCAGCCUUUCUGGAGUUGCAGGCAACAAUCUUAAACUUGUCUACAGUCACUUCAUCAUUCAACUCACUAUGGCUGGUAUCAGUCAAUUUGAUCAACACGUUUUUAAUGAUGAAUGUCCAGACAUCAUCACAGAACCGGUAGGUACUCAAGUCGCCUUUGAAUGUCAAUUUGGACUUCGCUAUGUUCUGCUCGGGUUUCAACAAUUCAGAGAUAACCCGAUCAAAGUUAGUUACAAUCGUCAUGGCCAACUGAGGCUGGAUCUUCUCAUCAGAGAUGAGCUGGUCCAAAGCAUCGGUCAACGUUGCCCCGACGGUGGAUCUUCUGUAUAACUCGUAGUAUGCGGGUGCACUCAUGAUGUGUAAGCAGUGAUAACUUUUUUGUCACG